AUGCUCUCCAUACGUCCACUUAGUACGGCCUUGCAGAAGGUUGCCAUCGAGGAGCUGAACGAAGUGCCCGAGCGCUUGGAGGAGGAUAUUGCUGCACUGCGUCAAUGGAUCCUCCAGCAGCCGCAUUUAAGGGCGCGCGGCGAUGAUCAAUUUCUGGUCAACUUCAUGCGUAGCUGCAAAUUUAGCCUGGAGAAGACCAAGUCCAAAAUGGAUCGCUUUUACACGCUGCGCACAAAGUAUCCGGAGAAUUUCCUUGCGCACAAUGUGGAUGUGGAUAAGCUGCUGCCCAGGUUUCGCCUUGGCACUGCCAUAGUACUGCCACGCCUACUUAAUGAUAAUGGACCACGCAUAUUCCUGUUUCGCAUGGGCGCCUACAACCCGGACGAAUACCACUUCAACGAUGUUAACAAAGCCAAUAUGCUAAUGCAUCAAAUAGUACUGAAUGAAGAUGAUGAUGCCAUUGUGAGAAACUACUGGACGGAGGAACAAAACUAUGGCACCGAUGAGCACCUGCGACCCGGCAAGCCCAUAGACUUUGAGAAUCUGUUCGGACUGGAGGGUUCGUUCAGACAGCUGAACGUUGAUUAA